AUGGCGAACAACUCAGGAUACUACUACUCUCUUCCCACCGAGGCGCCAGCACGAUCAAGAUCAGGCAGCCGACGUCCACCUCUUACACCAUCCACUGUCUCUUCGCCAUGCCUAACAACACUGGUACCCGUCGCUUCGCGAAGGGAUUCUGGAACAUCUGGAAGCCCGACUAAAGCUUCAACCUUGCUCGCCAAAGUCGUCUCGGCACCCCCCACCCCCCGGGAAACACCAGCUGGUAGCCCGUUACCGUCACCAGAAUUGAGAAUGCACUCGACUCCAGCGUACUCGUACGAAAGGCCUACGGUGUCGAGGACUGAGAGUGAGCGUUACGUGAGGCAGUACAGAAAACAAGAUGGAUACAUUAGCUUCCCAGAUUUUGAGAAGUUCUGUCAGACAGAGAACCCAUACGAUCAGCACAACCAAAACAAUGCUGUCAAGACUUGA